CCAUACACUUAAUGCCGAACACUUCCCGAUUCAAUAGAUGGUACAAAUCAAGCAGUGUCAGCCGCAGGGGAUAAGGGAUUCGUUUCACCAGACACAAGUUGCUAAGAUGACAUUUAUUACAAAGCGAUAGAGUAGUUUGAAAGCAGUAUCUAGCAUGCUCAUAAUCGUAUAAGAUAUAUCUUCAAAGGAAGGCAAGAAUGCUUUUAAGCUCAGUAGUAGCUAACCAGGGAUUUUUUAAGCUAGUAUUUAAAGGUUCCACGCAGAAGAAUAGUAACACCAAAAGCUAAAGUAGCCGUCGCAAAGGCCCGCUCGGCGGCGCCCCGGCCAGACUCCAAGGGCAUCUUCCGCAACUUCUGCUCCGUCGACCUGCUCUUCCUCAUCGAUACCACGUACUCGAUGCAACCCUACCUCGACGCCGCCAAAGAACAAGUCAAGACCAUAAUCGAGGCUAUUGAGAGGCGCUUCCUCAACGACGUGCAGGUGCGUGUCGCCGUGGUCAGCUACAAGGACCAUGGCGCCUCCCCUCAUAUUGAGUUUCUUGACUUCACCACGUCCAUGAGCGAGGUGCGCAGCUUCUUAGGAAAGCUCCGUGUUGGCAACGGCGAUGAUUAUGCCGAAGACGUUCUGGGUGGGCUCCAUCAGGCUACCAAGGCAUCCCGGCGUCACCAGUCGCGCUGCAUUUUUCACAUUGCGGAUGCCCCAGGCCAUGGUCAUGUACUGCAUGAUCUAGGGGAGGCUAGUGAUUCGUACUAUACCCCUGGGGAAGAGCCUCACGGCCUGCUAUACGCUCCCAUAAUCCAGAAGCUGGUCAGUCUCGGCAUUGAUUAUACCUUUUUCCACAUCACAUCCCACACCGACCGCAUGCUCUUGGCCUUCUCUUGCAUCUACGAUUCUGCUGGCGCGGACAGCACAUUGCUACCUACAAACAAAUACCACGCCCAGGCGAUUACACUCGGUACUAGUAGUGCUUCCAGAGCCAGUCACAUGGACAGCCCCAGACUGCUUUUCCAGGAGUUGCAUCUAGGCACCGACACGGCUAGUCUAAUGCCCUUGGUGUUGAAGAGUGUCACCGCGUCCGUGUGCCGUACUUCAACUCGGCUCACCUUAUCUCGUAGCUCUGCCAGGCGCUCGUCUCCCCUCAAGUCAGGCUCGGAAGAGUUUGACACUGAGCCGCCCCAAUGGCAUUCGUCAGGCUACUUCGACAGAAAGGCGGCCCUUGAAGGCUUCUGCCCGGAGGUCGUCGUGUAUAGCAACAGCACCCUCAUGGACAUGAUGCAUUCCUACGAGCAUAUCAAGCUGAGUUUUAUACAGCAUACCGUUCGCUCGCGUUCUACGCCUUUUGCUAAAGGCGCUUCACGCCUGGCACACCAUGCUCAGGUAGAGGCCUCGGGUGGCCGCUUUGUCGUCAAAUCGUUUGCUGCUGGCGGUCACGACAAGUGCAGAGAGCACCAGAUUGAGGAAAUGCGUGCUCAAGCCUUAUGCAAGGCUUUUGCCCUCGAGUUUAACGGUCUUGUGAGACAAGACCAAUGGAUAGAUUUCAUUGUGACGGCCUGCUUACAGCCCACAGCAGACGCUGCUGCUGGACGUGAAGAUGGUUGUCUUUCACUUGAGCGUCGCCUUGAAGGCCAAUUCGCAAAGUACAACAAUAACACUACUUAUGUGAACGAGGAGCUGCUUGACAGUGAUCCAGUCUGCAAAGUGGCCCAAGCCUUCUCCCACUUCACCUUCGAACGCUCCUGGGGAGACAUGAUAGUGGUUGACUUGCAGGGCGUAGGCAACAUCCUAACGGAUCCAGUCAUUCACACCAAAGAUCCUGAACGGUUCAAGCUCAACGAGAUGAACAUGUCUACAGAGGGGUUCAAAUUCUUCUUCGCCGCACACGACUGCAACGACGUAUGCCAUCAGCUCGAGCUCGUCAGUAAUCGCGAAAUGGCCCUCUCAGGCAACUGGCGCUUUCGAGAACGUUGGCCCGCUUUGGACCCGACCCUGUGUUGCUCCAACAAGCUCUGCCAAAGCAUCAUUCGUCUCGCUGAUGCUUAUUCAUCCCCAGAGUUCUCGGGCUAUUAUUGGUGCAACGAGUGCUGGCCUGAAAUCGAGUCGUCUACCGUCCAAUGCAUCUGUAUCGCUCCUGGUGAUACUCACGAGUUCCCUGUGUCGCGCUUCUUCUAUGCGUCCCAGGGCAAGGUGCCGCCGCAGAAAUGCCCAGAGCACAAUGAAAAGGAUAAAACCGCACUCGACGCCGCCAGUGUAGGUGGCGGUAUCUGGAGUCACAUGAAGAAUGAGUCUAGAAGAAGUCUUGUUCUUGGCAGCGCUCAUUGA